UAAAGUAUUCAUUUUAUGAAGGCUGUAGAUCAACAGGCUAAAUCGUACAGUUUAGAACCAGUGCAGAAGGCAGAAGAGAGGUCUGUGGUUCAAUUGGCUGGGAUGGCAAAACCACGCCCCUCGUAUUGGUGGGCAUUAUUUACAUGAUGAGCCUCAAAAUACAGUAAGACACGAAAACAAGCGGUGGUGGCUAUCAGAGACCAUUUGAACUGACCACCUAAGAAUUGUAAUGUCCUUAUAUUCAGACUCAGGCGGACGUAUGACUCUCAGAUGUAAAUUCUGUGAGUUGGAGCAGCAGGGCGAGACCCAGGGGAGACUAGCGACAGGUAUCGUGGACGAUACUAUUCACGUACCUUUAACAUCGGAUGUGCAAUAUAGCUCCGGUGAGUUUGAGGUGCCUCGGCCAAAUGCCUUACUUAGUAAUGAUAGAUCAUGUGGAUCCAACGCUGAAGCUGAGGAUUGCAUCCUACAUGCUCAGUUUAUGAGCUCUGUAUACUCGAAAAGCAGGUCGUUCUACCUUAAGGAUUAUUACCCGCACAGUACUGAUGAAGAACAUGCGUGCAUGCAGAUGGGGAAAAGUUUACACGCGUACGAUAGUUAUCAAAGUUUUCCUCAAACUCAUGGGAGAUGUUUAAUAAAACUUCGGUCAGAGGACACGGGGGGUGGAGAUAACGGAUUCGACUGGAUGAAAACGAAAAGAAACAAUUCAAAAAGAUGCUCGCUAGCUUGCGGCUUGACUACUGCAACAGCUCGCACCAGCUUCACUACCAGACAGGUGACAGAACUGGAGAAGGAGUUUCACUUCAAUAAGUACAUCGGCAGGCACAGAAGAGCCGAGAUGGCGAGCGCGUUGCAUCUAAGCGAUUUGCAAGUGAAAAUCUGGUUCCAGAACAGAAGAAUGAAGCAGAAGAAGCGGGAGAAGGAGGAGGCCCUUAUCCGAAUUACUCGCACUACGGAACUGCACUCUUCCUCCACAGGCUCCCAGCCUACUCACUUCCACAGCCACUCCUGCUAUAUCAGUGCCUCUACAUAGCCUGUAUGUGCCAAAUGACCAAUGGUGUUCAGCAGAUUGUUUGCACUAUAUCAGUUAUUUGUUUGCACUAUUUCUAACUAAACUGAUUAAUAAUAAUUCUACAUUUUAAUUUGUAUUGAUAAACUGUCAAAAGCAAGGCCUUAUACCUAAUUGGCCAUACGAUUAAUAGAAUGUAGAUUUCAGUGCCUUUAAAGCCUAAUAUUUUACCUGUAAUAUAUUUUUAUAUGUACUUUUUAUUAUGUAAAUGUCCUCAUCACUAAAAAAGAUAGUGUCUUGUCUCUGUUUAGAUUAUUAACAUGCAAUAUAUCAUUCGAUGUAAUCUGAACUAACAUUAUUGUCAUAAUAAAUAUAAACUAUACUUCUUCUGAUGAUAUAACGGUCCUCUUCAUAUGUAUCCCCAUCAGGUUAGGGCUGCCUAAAACACAGAGUUUCAGUGGAGGACCUUUAGUUUCCCUUUUUUUCUAUGCCAAAAUGAGACUGGGAAAUAUAGUUAAAGAGAAAUCCCCCAGAAAACAAUUAGUAGUAAAUGUUCUUUAUUAAUAUACGAAUAGAUACUUGUCAAAUAUGCUCAAACAUAUCAAGCAAAUGUGCAAAUCAGCCGGUGAUCCUUACACAAUGGUUUUGUAAUAUAACACAAUUUACAUAGACUUCACAUUAUCAAUAAAGCAAUUAAUUGUAA